AUGGGCAAGAACUCUGGCCCAUCUCCGAUGGUGACGCUGUUUCUCAACGUGUUACUUUCGUUGGAUCCGGCACAGAAGAAGCGUAUUCUUUCUCUAGUUGCAGUCUCGGAUUCUUUUCCGCAGUGGUCUGAUGUUGUUCUACUUGAUGCGGCGACAACCAGCGCCGCAUCUACCUGCGCUGCGCUAAUGCGUCUGCCUGCGGUUGCUGAAAUCAUGGCUGUGGCCGCCUGUUCCACCUUCGAGCUCUUUGUCUCCUGUCAGACGCAAGAG